AUGAAUGUUCUUAAAACUGAACCCGUUAAAAUUUUAUAAGGACAUAGAGUUUUAGUCCCAGAAUACGACAAACUAACAAAAAUGGAAAAGUUAUUAACAAAAAUAGAAUCUGAUAUUUAAAAAAGAACAAAAGAUUAAGAUAAAAUAGCAUUUUUAGAUACAAUGAAAAAGGUUUAUUUAAAGAAAAAAAUAAAAUAUUUUUAUUUUAAACAAACAUAUAUUUUAAAAAAGACACAUUAAUUAUAUCAGUUAAUAUUAGGAGAAAUGCACUAUUAAUUAGGAAUAUUAAAAUUAGAUAAAUUUACAUCAAUAAUUUAAAAAAUAUUUAGUGGAUAAAAUAUAUUAAUGAAUGUAAUAUUAUAAAUGAAAACAAAUAUGGAAUUUGACGUAGACUAGUUAUUAUAUAAUCUAAAAAACUUAAAAACCAGAUCUGUAUAAUAAAAGCGUAAUAAUUCAUUUGAUGUAUCAAAAACUAGCGAAUAAAAUAUAAGUAUUCCUAGUUAUGAUAAAAGAGACUAAUAUAAACCUUCUUUAAUGAAAAGAUUAAACAAAUAAGAGUCAAGACUUUUAUAGAAUUAUGAAAGAAUUAUCACUAUGGAGAAAGGUACAGAUACUGAAGAAGAUAUGAUUAAUGCUAAAAGAUCAAGUAAUAUUAUACAAAAAUAAAACGAAAUAGAAUAAAUUAAAAACGAAUUGAUUGAGGCUAAUAAUGAUGUUAGCGAAUUUCUUAAUAAUAAAAAAAAUCUUAAUUUUGGAUUAGAACCUUCGAAUGCUGAAAAAUCUUUGAGAUCAGUUUUGAAAGAUUUAUCUUAAAAAAAAAAUAUGCUACUUAAUGUAUUAUUAUUUUUUUUUUAAAAAAAAAAUCUUUUUUAGUGGAAUAGGAAGGAUUAGAUUUAUUAGGAAAAUAAUCUGUGCUUGAUAAUGGAUAUGAAAGAAUUGAAAACGAUUUAAUUACAGGAUUAAAAGAUGUUGCAAAUAGAGCUAAGAAUGCACAAGAAAACAAUAAAUAUAAGUAAAAUUUUAAAAAUAGUUAAGAUAAAAGAGAUAUUGAAUUUUAAGAAAACUCAACAUAAGUUUGAAAAGUUACAAUUUGAAAUAAAAUAAAAAGAGAAGAAACUUUAAGAUUUAGAAAAGAAAUUUAAAGAUAUAAAAAACAAUAAUGAAUAAUUAGAAAUAAAAUUCAAAGGAGUAAAUGGAAAACUAGAAGAAAUGCUAUUUGCAUAAAAAAAGAGAGAUGAUGAGGAAAAAGCAAGGAGAAAAAAUACCUAAAAAGACAUAGUAUUCAGUCAAGUUGACAAAGAUAAAAUAAAAAAAAUAAUAGAAGAAAAUAUAAAACUCAAAUUAAAAAUGAAAGAAUUAGUCGAAGAAAUAAAAAAAAUAGAAGACGAAAAUAAACAUAAUUUAAAUUCAUUUAGAAAAUUCAUAAUGUCUUCCAAUCUUACUGAUGAAUAAAAAAGAUUCAUUUUGGGAAAAGCCGAAGAUCUUUUUAAACUAGAAUACUCUAAAAGAUUUAACAUAAAAGAAAUAGAAUAAAUGGCUAAAAUAGACCUAGAAAUGCUUAAAGAUCCUUUAGUUAAAGACUGUGUGGGUGAUGGAUUAUUGUUGGUUAAAAAUAUUAAAGCAGAAGAAAAGGCUAAAUAGUAAGAAAGACUUAAUAAUCCUAAUUAUGAUUCUGAAUUUGAUCCUGAGCUUUUAGAAGAAGGUGAAAAAUUAAUUGUAAGAAAAGUAAAAAGAAAAGUUAAAAGAUUAAAUUCUAAAGGUGAAUGGAUUGAAGAUGAAAUCGAAAUUGAAGAAGAAGUUAUUAUUGACACUAAAACUGGAAAAGAACUUAGAUCUAGAGAUAAAGCUCCUUAAUCAGGAUUAGUUGUUGAUCCUGCAAUUGUUGAUUUCGUAAAUAAGCAUGGAGGGUUGGCUAUUGGAGGUAGUAAAUUUGUUUUACCUCAAAAACCAGGAAGACCAAUUGAUAAAGAUGGAAAACCAGUAAAUGAAGGAGAAUGGUUUAUUGACGAAAAAGGGAAUAGAGUAAAAAUGGUAAAAAAUGCUAAUGGAGAUGAAGAAUAUGAAAUCGAAGAAAAAUAUAUUGAUGAGAAUGGUUAAGAAAAAGUUAGAGUUAAAAAAAUGAAAGUUAAAAAAGAUUAAGUAAUUUUUACUUUUUUAUAUUUUAUCAAAUUAUAUAUAAUUUAGAAUGGAAACGAAUAUACAGAAGAAUAAUUUAUUGAUCCUAAUACAGGAAAGAAAGUAAAUGUUGUAAAAAAAGUUAUUAAAGAUAAAGAUGGAAAUGAUAUAAUAGAAGAAGUGACAACAGAUGAAAAUGGAAACAAAGUAGUAAAAAGAAUAAAAGUUCAAAAAGAUAAAGAUGGAAACGAUGUUAUAGAAGAAGAAAUCGUCGAUUAAUUUGGGAAUAAAUAAAUUAUUAGGACAAAGAAAAUGAAAGAUAAAGAUGGAAACGAAGUAAUAGUAAAAGAAAUAUUAAAUGCAGAUGGAACAGUAACAACAGUAACAGAAAAAAUAGACAAAAAAGGAAACAAAAUAGUUAUUGAAGAAAAAAUAGAUAAGUUUGGAAACAAAACAAAAACCGAAAAAAAAAUUGUUGUAGGCGCAGAUGGAAAACAAAUUAUUGAGGAAAUUUAUUUUGAUGAAAAAGGUAAUAAAAUAACAAAAAACACAAAAACAAUGGUAGAUGAGAAUGGAAAUAGUUAUGCAUAAGAGACUAUUGUGGAUUAGUUUGGAAAUAAAAUAAUAAAAAAUGUAAGAAAGAAAGUUGAUUAAAAUGGAAAUAUGUAUAUUGAAGAAGAAAUUAUAGAAGCAGAUGGGAAAAAAAGAAUAAUUAAAAAAACAGUUGACAAAGACGGAAACGAAAUCGAAUAAGAAGAAAUUAUUGAUGAGCAUGGAAAUAAAAUUAUUAUUACUAAAAAAAAAAAUAAAGAUGGAAUAGUUACUGAAGAAAGAUACAACCCUUUAACUGGAGAAAAAACUAUUCUAAAAAAACAUAUAGAUAGUAGUGGACGAGAAGUUAUUGAAGAAACUAAAAUCGAUAAAAAUGGAAACACCUAAGUUACUAAAAAAAUAUUAUCAAAAGAUAAAAAUGGAAAUACUAUUAUUGAGGAGUCUUUCAUUGAUCCAAAAACAGGAAAAUAAGUAACAGUUUAAAAAAAAUUAACUAAAGAUAAAUUCGGAAAUUAAAUAAUCGAAGAAACAUACAUAGACCCAAGCACAGGAAAAUAAGUAACAGUAAAAAUGAAAAUUACAAAGGAUAAAGAUGCAAAUGAAGUUAUAGAAGAAAGCUACAUAGACCCAGCUACAGGAAAAACAGUAAAGAAAAAAGUAAUCAAAGAUAAAGAUGGAAACGAAAUAAUAGAAGAAUCUUAUAUUGACCCAACCACAGGAAAAACAGUAACUAUAAGAAAAAAAAUUACAAAAGAUAAAGAUGGUAAUAAUAUUGUAGAAGAAUAAGUUAUUGAUGAAAAUGGAAACGCAAAAACCGUAAAAACAAAAGUCUAUAGAGAUAUUGAUGGAAAACAAGUUAUUGAAGAAGAAAUUACAGGAGCUGAUGGUAAAAAAUACAAAGUCAUGAAAAAAUUCUAUAGAGACGAAAAUGGGAAUGAAAUAGUAGAAGAAGAAAUAUUAGAUGAUAAUGGUAAUAAAGUAAUAAUAAAAAAGAAAAUCGGAAAAGAUGGAAAAAUAACAAUCGAAGAAACUAAAAUAGGAAAAGAUGGUAAAAAAACAAUAACAUAAAAAAUAAUUAAUAAUGAUGGAACAAUACAAGAAACGACAAUAGAUUCAAAUGGAAAAGUAAUUCAUAGGCAAGUAAAUGGAUAAUCAAAAUAAGAAAAAGAAGUUUAAACGGAUUUUGAUUUAGAAAAAUAAUUAAAAGCAAUUCUUUUAUAAUUAGGUUGUGAUAAUUCGAAAGUAGAUGAACUUGUUUAAUAAAUUAUUGAUUUUAUUAAUAAAGGAGAGGCUAUUGUAAUGGGAGAUUCUAAAAAAAUUACUAAUAGGAUGUAAUAAAAAGGUAUUAUAGACGAUAUUAUAAACAUGUCAGGGCAUUAAGUUAUUAAAUAAAAUAAAUAUAUAAAGAAAAAUGAUAAUUAAUAAGAAAAUGAAGAUAAAUAACUUGAACUAUUAGAUGGAAUGGACGAAGAUUAAUAAUUAGAAGCUUUAUUUAAAAAAUUUAUGUCUAAAAAAAAUGAAAUGGGAGAUUUGAUUAAAUUGGUAAAAAAUAAUGCUGGAAAAAAUAAUAACGAAGAUCUUGAUAUUGAAGAUUUUAAAAAAUACUUUAGAAAAAUGUAAGAAAUUCAUGCGAAAUGUGGAGAAAAUUGUCCCCAUUUAAAAAGAUUUUAUGAAAGAUUAGGAUUCACUUGGUAAAAAUACAAAAGGAGAUACUUAAAAUUAAAAGACACAAAAAUUUAAGCAUUUAAUAAAGUUAAAGAAGUCAAAAAUAGUCUAAAAUCUCCAUAAAAAGAAGAUUAUAUUUGGGAACCUGUUGAAGAAGCGAAAAGUUAAAGUAAAGGGAAUGUAACUAAUUUUCCUUCUAAUGAUGAGAUAAACAAAGAUAAAUGA